UUUAUGGGAGUUUCAUUUAUUGAAACUUAAAACAUCACAUGCCGAAUCUGUGGUCGUGGCUAGGUUCCAUCACUCUUUGGGCGAUGGGAUGUCUCUUAUGUCUCUUUUACUCGCUUGCACUCGGAAAACAUGUGACCCCGAGGCGUUGCCUACUUUUGUGGCUCCGAAGAAAAACAAAGCAAAGAACAUUUGUUUUGCUUUGGUUGCUUGGUUAUGGUUCAUAGUAAGAUUUAUGUUCCACACUUGUGUCGAAGUUAUCAAAUCAAUAGUUUUUAUUUCUUGUGCGAGGGACACCUCAGCUCAUAUAAUGGGUAAACCAGGAGCUACACUCAACAAUAAUAAGUUUAUUCAUCAAAUCAUUAGUUUGGAUGAUAUCAAAAUGGUGAAGAACGCCAUGAAUAUGACUAUAAAUGACGUUCUUUUUGGUAUGGUACAAGCUGGUCUUUCUCGAUAUUUGAAUCAAAGAUAUGAUCUUGAAGACAAACUACAUCUUCAUGGUGUUGUUUUUUUUAAUCUAAGGCCAAACAGAAAUAUUGAGGAAUUGGCAAAUAUGAUGGCAAAAGGUUCGAAGUGUAGAUGGGGGAACUCAAUAGGUUAUGUUCUGAUCCCCUUGGACAUGAAAUCGAACGAUGAUGUAUUUGAAUAUGUUCGACAAUCCAAAAUUGUUAUGGAUCGUAAGAAACAUUCCCUCGAACCUCUAUUUUCCCAUGUGUUGCUCAAGUUAACAUUGGAGGUUUUUGGAUUUAAGGCACUCAAAACUCUUGUAAAGAGAAUUUUUGGAAGCACAACAAUGAUAUUCAGUAAUGUGGUUGGUCCAGCCGAAGAAAUUAGUUUUUUCGGCCAUAAAAUAUCUUACGUUGCUUCAAGUACCUUUGGUUUUCCACAGGUACUCUCUUACACAAACACAUUCUUGAAAGUUGAAACCGAUCAUCAAAAAUUACAUUACUUCAACUUCUUUUGCAUAAAUUAGGCUAAUAUUAGAUUAUCCCACAUUAUAAAUGGAUUUGGUAAGGGAGAUAUAAGGGAAUUUGGUUCGAGAAUCAUCUCAUGGAGUGUGUUAUAUUCAUUUCGU